AUGUCACAAUUCGAAAAAGUCGAUGUUCUAAGGCAUGCUUUAACCCCUGGAACUCUAGAAGAGAAGAAAGAUGGUAAAGUGGUGGAAGUGUUUUCCAAUAAUGUGGAAAGUCCUGACGAUCUAAUGGUUUUACCUACAGAAUUGAUAUUGUAUAUAUUUGAGAUUCUUUAUUAUAGGAAUCAGUUAAAACCUAAAUUUUUAAGAAUAAGUAAAUUGUUUCACAUAUUGCUACUACCGAUGAUAUACAACUAUCCGGUACUAAAAGCUACCAACUUCUUUGCAUUCGUUGAAACCAUUUCAAAUAAUAAAAAAAUCGGAGAAUACGUCAAACAACUUGAUUUGUCAUAUAUAAUACAGCUGGGUAAAAAUGCUUUUGUAGCUAAAUUAUUGAAAAGAUCCAAGAAGAAUUUGAUUAAUUUUGUUGCUCCACAGACAAGUUUUGGUCUAGGACCAUUAUUUGCCUUGAGGAAUUGUGAAAAAUUGAAAAUUUUAGAUUUAAGGUUAGUUUCAGAGACUUUAAAUUUGAAUGAAUUAUUCAAUUCCAUAAGAAAUUUGAAAGAUUUAGAGAAAUUAUCAUUCCCGAGGUCAUCAAUUGAAAUUGAUGCUGAAAUGAUAUCACAAAUUCAUUGGCCACCUAAAUUAUCGGCAUUAAGAAUCAGUGGAGGUAUUUCUGAUGAAUUCUUAGUUAAAUCUGAUUUACCCCUUUCAAUUACCCAUCUUGAAUUUGCCCAUUGUCCAAUGAUUAAAGAUUACAGUGUGACUACAUUAUUUGCUAAGUUUGGUAAGAACUUGAAAACCUUGAAGAUUGAAUAUCCAAUGCCAAAAUUAAAAGAAGAUUCUUUGGAUUCAAUAUUCAGGUUCUGCCCUAACUUAACCACAUUAUUGGUUUAUGUAGAUUAUAUUUCAGGAGGAUUCUUUGAUGAUGAUAAUUUAUUGUACUAUCCUGAUAGACCAUUGAGAAACUUGUACAUUGAUAGUAGUGGUAUGUUAGGAACAUCAACUAAAUUACAUCCUUUAGAUUUAGCAUUAGCAUUAACUGAUGGGAGAUUACCCAAUGUUAAAAACAUUCGAUGUACUGCUAAAUUAGGUUGGGAUCCUCAAUCUGAAUAUGUUAGUACGAUUAUUGAAAUAUUAGAGGAAAGAAAUGGUGGACUUUAUUUGGGUUAUUAA